AUCUCUAAUUGGUUUUUUUAUUGUUCCCUUCUCUCUUCCUUCCAUCUCCCAAGUUUAAAUGCUUAAACUGCCUCAUGGUUUCUAGACCAUUGUGAAUGAUCAAAAUACAUAAUUUCCCUAUAUGAUGUCUGGUUUAAUAGCAGUUUUAGAUCUUCUAACAUACAUGGAAAGCCUAUAGCAUAGUUGGAUCUGUAGUCUGUUGGACACUAAAUUGUAAAUAAAACUUCUGCUUAGAUAUGAUCUUACCUGUGCAGUGGACAAGACAGUUGUCCUGUCUACUGAAAUUCUAGUUAUUCCUUUAAGCUAAAGGGGUUCAUUAAAUCCACAGUUAUAUGAAGGAUUAAAAUAUUGAAACUGACCAGUAAAGACAGUCUCUCUGAGGCCGAUUCUGGCUAUACAAACUACUCCCAGACUAAAAGAAGAACUUUUUUCUCCUUCUUCCCAAAGAGAAUAGAACUGCUUUCUGCAUCCUGAGAUCUGAAAUGCUGACAAAGCUCAUUUUCUGACAGGGCAGCCAAAUAUCUCUGCUUUUGUGAAAUUAAAUCUUAGAGUUAAAUUGGACCAGAUCUUGGCUCGGAGAGGAACCUUUAUUUAUGCCUGGCAGAUACCUAACCUGAAAAGGCUUGCUUCUGUCACAGAUCUACGGGGGUGGGGGGGUGCUGUUUUAUUAACUCACUGAUGCUUGAAUUCUGUUCAGGUAGAGUGGAAUAAAGAUCUUGCAAUUUAUAACUGUUCUCUUUGUAUAAAAGUAAAGAUUAGUUUAGGUCCCAGAUUAAGUAUUCAGGUUAGAAGAGGUAUAAUUCAACUACUACUUUUGCUCAGCUGCUAGGACUGUGGGUAACUGGUCAAGUAGGCAUAACUGUAAAAAUUAUUUUUGAUACCUAGGUAUUCAUCGCUUUCCCAUGCUUUUCCUGUUAAUUUUCCAAUUAAUUCUGCUGAUUCUACUCCCAGGUAGUAGUGCAGUUCCUUUUCAGGGCAGGACCUGAAGUCUGUUGAACAAGGCAUAGGUAUUAACUGUAGACUCAAGGACAAGCAUGACUUUUGGGUAUUGAAGCCCCCAGGAGGAGGUUCUAGUAAUCUCUUUGGGAGUACAGAAGAAGUUUCUUCUUCAAGCAGGCCACACCGGAUGGCAUCCAAUAUCUUUGGAGCAUCAGAAGAACCUCAAAACAUUCCAAAAAGAACAAACCCUCCAGGGGGAAAAGAAAGUGGCAUUUUUGAGGAUUCUAGUUCUGCUCAGCCUCGUCCACGCAUGAAUCCACCUGGUGGGAAGACAAGUGAUAUCUUUGGGUCUCCUGUAUCUACCAGUGUUGUGCGAGCACACCCAAAUAAGCCUAAGGAUCACAUUGUCUUGAAAGAAGAUGAAACACCAAAGAAGCUAGAAGCUACAGAAAAUAUCAAACCACAGCUGGAAGAUGGAGGCGAGAAAAAAGAUCUGGGCAAAGAGGAGCGAUGCAAGGAGCCAGAACCCAAGAUAGACAAUCACGAGCCCCGAUUAGGGCCAAGACCACGGUCACACAACAAAGUUCUCAAUCCGCCAGGGGGGAAAUCCAGUAUUGCGUUCUAUUAGGGUCAACUGUUCACUUUCACUAACGGAGUCUGCACAGAAACUCUUGUCUGUGGUUGCGAGGUCAGUUUAUAGACUAUUGUUUGUGGAUAGAUUCUUAGGCAGAUGGAUGAGGGUUAUGCUAAAGUGUGUAGGAAGGAUAACCUGAUGAUUUGGGGAGGGAGGGCUGGGGAGGGAAAGGGUGCCGUGUGGAAGAUAUGAGUAUUGGCCUGCCUAGGUGGCAGAGGGGGACAUUAGUGUAACUUUGUGAAAGAUCAGUGCUACUUUGUGGUGAGUUUGUCAGACUGUUAGGUUCUUAGCUAGCUAGUGGCUCAGGACACUUGUGGAGUCAGGCUUAUCCAUACAGUCAACAUGUAAAACAUUGUGAAUGGGUAGGGACCUGGAGGUCACAUCUGAAAGAUUCUGAAGCACAGCAGGUAGGCUGUGCUUUCCUCUAGGCAAUAGAAUGCAGCUUCACAGUGUGAGUUGACUUGCAGUCACUUUAAAAUGUAAGUACAUUCCACUGGAACAAGUAGUGCUACCGUGGUUUUGAGUGUCUUCAGUCUUUGGUUCUCUUUCUCCUUUCUUGCUUUGCAGCACAUGAUUGCUGAUGCAAGGACAAAACAUGCUGAAAGUUUCUUUUAUACUCAUAAACCAUCAUAUGUUAAUAAAUAUCGUGGGCUUCCCCUCCCCAGAGUAUUCAGGCCUUUCUGAUGCCUUCAGUAAUCUGCUGAUUACUAUGACUAGCUCUUGACAAGUGAUAAUAUCAAUCCAACAUACUGUUUCAUGUAGGUGCUUCUAGAAGACUUUUAUUUAAAGUAUCCUGGUUGAGUGCUUGCACAUUUUCUAGUAAAGAUGUGGGUGCAAACAAUAGGUUUAUGGUACUCUUUGAACACAAGCAAUGUAAAGUGUACAAUUACCAUGGAGAGUAUUCUGAGGUGUCCAGCCAGCUAGCUUUGACCCAACCUGUAUAGAAAUGCCUUAGCUUCUGCAAAGGUUUUUGCUUUGUACCCUGCGGAAACCAGGACUGUUUUGCUGUCUUCACCACAGUGCAUUUUUUUGUUUGUCUGUGCUGACUCUGUUAGUGAAUUCUCUUGUCUUUGGUCAGCCUUAUGUUUGCCUUUGACUGCCUCGGAUUUUUUGUUGGUAAGGUUGGGAGAACUACAUGGAUUCUCCCCAAACCACAGUUGUAGUUGUUUUGAGACAUGCUGUAGACUGUCCUAGUUGGAGAAACAAAGACUUUAGCAAUACAAACCUUUUGGUUGUGCUGGCUAUCUUAAAUCAUGUUUGGAAGACGUGCAUGUUUUGCACAAACAUUUGUUGGGGAGAGUAGCUCCCAUCAUUUGUUCUCUGAAUGGACUUUCUGAUCAUAUCCAGAGCUUUGAUAUAUGAAUGUUAACAUUAGGUGCUUACUGUUCAGUGUAUUUAAUAGUGACUUUUUAAAUUUGACAUACCGAAACAGGAGUUGUUCAGGUACACCAAAGAACAAGUGGCCUUAUCUGCAUAUAUCCACUGCUGUUCUAGCCCAGGUUCCUGGGGAACUGCUACUGUUCAGAGGGGACUAUCUCUGGGCCAGGUGCUAAAACACUCUGUGAUUAUAGGUCUUACUAGACUGCUCAGUUCAGUUUAUGUCAGAAGUGGGAUGACUGCAUGAAGAUUUAGUUGCCUUUUCAAAUAGUGAAAGUGAAAUAUAUGGGGCAGUGCUAAGGGUAGAGAUAGCCAUGGAAAGUAGGGAUUUCAAUGCCUUUGUACCUUUUCAGAUAGGUUUGGAGCUUCCUGUUAUUUGGCCUCGAGGGAAACAAGACAGUGAUUCUAACUGUAACCCUGGAAUAGAUUUAUGUAACUUCCAAACAUCUUUUCCUAGCAGCUAUUCUUGAGUCUGUGCUGUCUAGCCUCUGGCUGAGUCUCAGACACAUCUAUCUGUUUCAAUUCCUUGUUCCAGUACUUGACAGGGUUUUAAAAGGCUACCAUGUGGAAAAAGUCAACCAGAGGCUGCUUUCUGCAUUGAAGGGUCUGGUGUAAUUGAUGCUGUCUGUAAUACUGAGCUUAGACUUGGCAUCUUUCAGUACCUGAUGUGCAUUGGCUACAGUGCCUGUCUUUUAAACAGCAACUUCCAACUAGGCCUUAACUUAGUUAAACUAUGUUCAUUUUCUUGCAUUUCUUUAUUUGGAAUCUAAACCAUGUUUUCAACUCAUCAAGUAAGAUUGAUAAGAGCAUUUCUCCGGGACAGAAGGGGAUUGGAAAUCAAAUGAUAAAUCAUGCAAUUGUCAAUAAACCUCUGUAUUUUGUUA